UAUCACACACGGAGUAAUUAAGCUAAAGGCAUCUACAUAUACACAUUAUCACAAGCUACAUGCGUCCACAAAUCAGUCAUAAGCCAUUCAAAUGGGAAAUGCAACUAACAGCGCAACUACCAAAAGGGAAAAGCAAAGGCAAUUGCCUAAGAGGAUCAUACUGGUGCGGCAUGGUGAGAGUGAAGGGAACUUAGACAAAAAUGUGUACGCCAUCACACCUGACCAUAGAGUCCAACUCACAGAGAAAGGCAAAGAGCAAGGAAAAAAGGCCGGGGAGAUUAUCCGCGGCGUGGUUUGUGACAAAGGAAACUGCACUAGUAAGGUCUAUUUCUAUGUAUCUCCAUUUUUGCGUACCCGGGAAACACUGAAAGAGAUAGGCGCUGCGUUUUGUAGCAGCGAGAUCAUAGGGGUAAGAGAAGAAUGCAGGUUAAGAGAAAUGGACUAUGCCAAAUUUAGGAAUACAGAGAAGAUGGAGGAGUUUAAGAAGGAAAGAGAGAAAUAUGGAAAGUUCUUCUACCGAUUUCCCGGUGGAGAAUCGGCCGCCGAUGUGUAUGACCGGGUUUCAGGUUUUAUCGAUUCUUUAUGGAGGGACAUAGACAUGGACAUGAUUCCCUAUGGUGCCAACGACAACGAGGACCUAAAUGUUGUUCUAAUCAGUCACGGACUGACCAUUCGAGUGUUGCUCAUGAGAAUAUUCAGAUGGACGCCAGAACAAGUUGAUAAUUUAAUAAGUCCCAAAAAUGCCGAGGUUCGAAUUAUGGAGUUAGGGCAUGAAGGUGAGUACAGCCUUGCGUUACAUCAUGAUGAUCAAACCUUAGAGAAAUGGGGACUUUCUGCUGAAAUGAUUGUUGAUCAAAAGUUGAGGGCUUAUGGUCCUGUGGUUGACCUUGACAAGUGCUUCUUCACACGUUACUUUGACCGUCUGGCCGACAAAUAAUUUUGAGGAUGAGAAAAAAUGAAGUAAUUUAACCAAUAAUUCAACUAUUCAGUUGUUUUUGCGGAAGGUUAUGUACCAAACUUCUGCUUUUGUGAUUUCCAUAAUUUUAUGUUGUAAAACCAUUAAAAUUAUUUUGGUUUAAUCUGCUUGUCGUAUAA